CGGCCUGCGGCCUCCGCCGAGCGGGUGGGCCUCCGCCGGGAGGGGACGGGACGGGACGGGAGGCCGGGCCUCCGCCGCCGGGCCGCCGCCGCCGCCGCCCAGCACCGCCCCGGGGCCUCCCGAGCCCGCAGCCCCCAGCGGCUGCGCCCAGCUCCAUGCAUGGAAAUCGGCAGCGCAGGACCCGUCGGGGCACAGCCCCUGCUCAUGGUGCCCAGACGUCCUGGCUAUGGCACCAUGGGCAAACCCAUUAAACUGCUGGCCAACUGCUUCCAAGUUGAAAUCCCAAAGAUUGAUGUCUACCUCUAUGAGGUGGAUAUCAAACCAGAUAAGUGUCCUCGGAGGGUGAACAGGGAGGUGGUGGACUCAAUGGUGCAGCAUUUUAAAGUGACAAUAUUUGGGGACCGUAGACCAGUUUAUGAUGGGAAAAGAAGCCUUUAUACAGCCAAUCCACUUCCUGUGGCCACUACUGGGGUGGAUUUGGAUGUGACAUUACCGGGAGAAGGUGGAAAAGAUCGUCCCUUCAAAGUGUCAAUAAAGUUUGUUUCUCGGGUGAGCUGGCACUUGCUGCAUGAAGUUUUGACAGGAAGAACCUUGCCUGAGCCUCUGGAACUAGACAAACCUAUCAGCACUAACCCUGUUCAUGCUGUCGAUGUGGUGCUACGACACCUACCCUCCAUGAAGUACACCCCUGUGGGCCGCUCCUUUUUCUCAGCUCCGGAAGGCUACGAUCACCCCUUGGGUGGCGGCAGGGAGGUCUGGUUUGGAUUCCAUCAGUCUGUUCGGCCUGCCAUGUGGAAGAUGAUGCUCAAUAUUGAUGUUUCUGCCACUGCCUUCUACAAAGCACAACCUGUAAUUCAGUUUAUGUGUGAAGUUCUUGACAUUCAUAAUAUUGAUGAACAACCGAGACCUCUGACUGAUUCUCAUCGGGUAAAAUUCACCAAAGAGAUAAAGGGUCUAAAGGUAGAAGUGACUCAUUGUGGAACGAUGAGGCGGAAAUACCGUGUUUGUAAUGUAACAAGAAGGCCUGCAAGUCAUCAAACCUUUCCUUUACAGUUAGAAAAUGGACAGACUGUGGAGAGAACAGUAGCACAGUAUUUCAGAGAGAAAUACAACCUUCAGCUGAAAUAUCCUCAUCUUCCCUGCCUACAAGUGGGACAGGAACAGAAACACACCUACCUGCCUUUAGAAGUAUGUAAUAUUGUGGCUGGCCAACGGUGUAUCAAGAAGCUAACAGACAAUCAGACAUCGACUAUGAUAAAGGCCACAGCAAGAUCUGCUCCAGAUAGGCAAGAGGAAAUAAGCAGAUUGGUGAGAAGUGCAAAUUACGAUGCAGAUCCAUUUGUUCAAGAGUUCCAGUUCAAAGUCCGGGAUGAGAUGGCCCAUGUGACAGGGCGGGUGCUCCCAGCUCCAAUGCUGCAGUAUGGAGGACGGAAUCGAACAGUGGCAACCCCAAGCCAUGGAGUAUGGGACAUGCGAGGGAAGCAGUUCCACACUGGUGUUGAGAUCAAAAUGUGGGCUAUAGCUUGUUUUGCAACGCAGAGGCAGUGCAGAGAAGAAAUACUGAAGGGUUUUACAGAUCAGCUGCGUAAGAUCUCCAAGGAUGCAGGGAUGCCGAUCCAAGGCCAGCCCUGUUUCUGCAAAUACGCCCAGGGUGCAGACAGCGUGGAGCCCAUGUUUCGACACCUCAAGAACACCUAUUCAGGGCUUCAGCUCAUCAUUGUCAUCCUGCCGGGGAAAACACCAGUGUACGCGGAGGUGAAGCGUGUGGGAGAUACGCUAUUGGGAAUGGCCACACAGUGUGUUCAAGUCAAAAAUGUCAUUAAAACAUCUCCGCAGACCCUUUCAAACCUGUGCCUGAAGAUUAAUGUUAAGUUAGGAGGAAUCAACAACAUCCUUGUACCUCAUCAACGACCUUCUGUGUUCCAGCAGCCAGUGAUCUUUCUGGGAGCCGAUGUCACUCACCCUCCUGCUGGAGAUGGGAAGAAGCCUUCCAUAGCUGCUGUUGUAGGUAGUAUGGAUGCUCAUCCAAGCCGGUACUGUGCCACGGUGCGAGUUCAGCGACCCCGGCAGGAAAUCAUCCAAGAUCUGGCCUCCAUGGUUAGAGAGCUUCUCAUCCAGUUCUACAAGUCAACACGGUUCAAGCCCACGCGUAUCAUCUUCUACAGAGACGGGGUCUCUGAAGGACAGUUUCGACAGGUUUUGUAUUACGAACUGCUAGCCAUUAGAGAAGCCUGCAUCAGUUUGGAGAAAGAUUACCAGCCUGGAAUAACCUAUAUUGUGGUGCAGAAACGACAUCAUACACGAUUGUUCUGUGCUGACAGAACAGAAAGGGUUGGACGAAGUGGCAAUAUUCCAGCUGGAACAACUGUAGAUACAGACAUUACACAUCCAUAUGAGUUUGAUUUUUACCUCUGCAGCCACGCUGGAAUACAGGGUACCAGCCGUCCCUCACACUAUCAUGUUUUGUGGGAUGAUAACUGUUUCACUGCAGAUGAACUUCAGCUGCUGACUUACCAGCUCUGCCACACGUAUGUGCGCUGUACACGAUCAGUUUCUAUACCUGCACCAGCGUAUUAUGCUCACCUGGUAGCAUUCAGAGCACGAUACCAUCUUGUGGACAAAGAACAUGACAGUGCUGAAGGAAGCCAUGUUUCAGGACAAAGCAAUGGGAGAGAUCCACAGGCCCUCGCGAAGGCUGUACAAAUUCACCAAGACACCUUACGCACGAUGUACUUCGCUUAAGUCAAUAAAAUGGGAGCAUACUCACUGAGAAGGAAGAACUGAAAAAUUAAGCCACAUACAAUGUAUGUUUCCAGUGGGGUUGGUUUAUGGGGUGUGCCUCCGAUCAUGCUGAAGUUGACACUGUGCAGGGGCGAGAGGCUAACCCUUAAAUUGACACAAGGAAGAUUGUUUACUUCAUCGAGGAACACAGCACUAUUAUGCAAUAUGAAACCAGCCAACUGCUUUUUUGGCGCGGUCUCCUGUAGGAAGCACCGCCAUCAUUUUUUUAUUUCUCGUAGUUUAACCCUCUUAUGCCUUUACCUCAAGUUGCUCGGCAGCACAACUAUCUUUGCAAAAAAAAAAAAAAAAAAAGGAUGGUGUAAUUAAAAAAAAAAGCAAACAACCUUUACAAGAACAAUCACAAUGAUUGUUUGGGAGAGGAAAGUGUGCAAAAAAAAAUAUUUUUUUUUUACCCCACUGCAUUGAGGAAUCUUUCUCUCAAUAUUGCCAUCAGCGUUCGAAUGUGAACAUAUCUGAGUACAUUUGAAUGUACAGCACUAACUAGAAAAAAUUGAAGGGAGGGAAGAUGUUUUGCACACUAAUCCAAUAAUUUGAACAUAGUUUAGCCAACUGCUGCCUUUGUCUUUCUUCACAGCUUUGGAGUCCUCAGCUCCAAUAGUUCCCUUUUAAAAACCAAACAAAGCUAGUGGUAUUAUGUGCAGGCAGUAGUGAUCCAAACUCUUCUUGCUCCCUGGUGAAUUUACUAAAGCUGCUGUUUUACCUAGUCCAAAAGUUUCAAUUAUUUUCUAUCUGGCAAGUCAAAUAUCUUGAAGCUUCACGUGAGAUCAGAUGUCCCAAGUUUUAUGGGAUUACAUAUAGCAAACACCAGAACUGAAACUUUAGAGCUAAGGUCUUUUUGGAAAAAGAAAAAUGCUAGUUUACUUGCUGCCUCUCACACCUUAAUGUGAUUUCAUAUGUAUGUUUUUGAAGUUUAGCUUCCUUUUGUUUCUUUUAUAUUUAUUAGAGUAAUAAUAAUGCUUUAAUUUAAUUAUUACAGAACAUAUGGUCAACAUCAACUUUUAUUUUUUAGAAAUGUAACCAUGUUUAUUUUUUAAAAAAACUGACAACUUGUUUUUGCUAUCUUUUAGUGCAAUAAGCGUUCUAAAGGAAAUCUGUGUCCAUUGAGCUGUACUAAAGCAGUGUUUGUACCACUAACUGUGGGAUAAUGGACACCUCCAUGAUUUUAAAAGGACAAAGUAAAAGCCUUAAUUUUGAAAGGAAAGUUUUAUAGUCAGAAGGAAUCUUGCAUUUUCCUUUUUUAAAUCAAAAAAAAAAAAAAGCAAAAAUGCUUCUAGAACUCUGCAAGCUUUACUUGUCACUGCAGUAUUUUGAUUUAACAAAGGAAUUGGCCAUAUUUUUGGCUUCGAAAUGUGGAGGAUAUUUGAAGUAAAUGAAAAGGGUUUUUUAUUAAGAUCUAAGUUUUUACAUGCUUAAUUAAAUCUAUUUGACAUCAAUAAAAUGUCUGGAAUUAUUAAAAGUUUUUAGGCUUUUUUCCUCUUUGAUAAUGACUUUCCUUUUAAAAUUAAGUUAUUGGUAACUUCAUUUCACUUUGCAAAUAAAGUAAGAGGGCUGGGAUAGUUCUAACUUCAAAUCACUGAAAUGUGAAACAAACUAAUGGGACUCUUUCAUUCCACUUUAAAGGUAAAACAAUAUUUAAGAUGUCAGAGAUGAGCAUUUAUUCAGUGAGGGGACUGGGGAGUUUUGCACUUUGUAAACUCGUGAACUGCAUUUUUGACUGUUUUUAUUUGCACUGGUUCAUAGUAUAUAUAUUCUGCAGAUCGUUUAUAUGGGCAUUGCUGUUAUCCCAGCCCUUCUGAUCUCCACCUGCUCUCCACAUGAAAACCAGUGGGUUGGUAUAAGUAGCUUAUCUCCUGUCAUUUAUCUCCUGAAAUCCGUUGUUUGCCAAUAUACUGUAUUUUGAGCCUAAAAUCUGAGCCCAUUUUGCUUCAACAGGCAUGAAUCUCCCCCACCUUUUCUGCCAGAAAACAAAGUACUGUAUUUUGUGCAUCUGUAUAUUGUAUGGAAAUGUACGUAGUGCUGUUCACAACACUGUCUCAAAGAGCUUUACUAAACAGUGUAUAUACGUAUUUUAUCUCCCAGUAUCCAGGAAGAUAAUGUUUUCAGCCUAACUUCGCAAAGUUACAAUUGCACUGGAAAUAGUCACGACGGUGGGCAGUUCGACGGUGGCUUUUGGGGCUCCUCAGAACAGGUUUGGGGUGAGCAGGGGAGAUUUGGCAGAUCCCGAGUCUCCUGGGGGCUGCACGCCUUGGCUGGAUCUGCAGGUUCAGGGUUGUCCCAGCCGUGCUCCUUGACUUCUUAAUGCACUUACUUUCAGCGCCUUCAAGUAAAACUGCUGCAGGGAGGUUGGUGUAACUGAAUAAUCUGAGCAAGAUGGUUUCCGAAUAGAUCUCUGAAAUGUUUUUCUUAGUCAGUGACCUGAUGGUUUUCUCUCAGAAGCAUUCUAGCUAGUAGUUCUGUUUAUAAAAGGUUCAGGUUAGGGUUUUUACAGAAAAUCAACGUUUUAAAAAAAAGAGUUUUUUUUAAAAAAGCUAUUUUACAAAGAUUUCUUGUGGAUUUCUGGCGUUUAGAUGAAGAAAAUUCCUUUUUAAACAGUCUUUUAAUGUUCCUUUCAGAGACACUGUACACUUCUCAUCCUGCCCACACUCAGUGACUAUGAUCUGAGAAGCUUUUUUUGCUUUCUACUUUCACCAAAAAAAUAAAUUAAAGCAAAUUCAUUGGGAAAGUGACUUAAACGCUAGCUUGACAAGCAAUUUUACCUGGUUUUCAUGUGAAGAGUAUUUGGAAUUUUUAAUCUCUAUUCUUGGUUUUGCAAAUAUCUACGUAAAGUGCCGAUACUUAUUUGUAUUAUGAUAUCAACUUACUGGCGUUGUGAGGGCCACACAUUUAUGAUGCUGUAGCUGCUAUAUUUAUUUAAAUGGAGAUGGACAAUUACUGCACUAAGGAAUGAGGAGAUAAGCAAGGAAUCAAGGUUAGAUAGAUAUCUUGGUUUUUUUUUUUUUUUCAAAAGAGAAUUAAUGGUGUGAAAUAUCAAGUGUAACAAAGGGUGCUGUCAUUUUAACUGAGAUUAAAUAGCCAGAUAUUCUUCCUUUGUUUAAAAACAUAUAUAUUUUGAUGUUUGCAGUUUGGGGGUGGGGGGUUGGGAUAAAUGGUACCUCAUCUGUGGUGGCAGUUUCCGGUAUAUUUUCAGAGUAUAUGGAUUUCUUUUAUUUUUGUACCUGCUCUCCUUUUGAAAAAGAAAAAAAAAAUCUCAAAUUUUAUGUGCUGUUUGGGGACACCUUGAGUGGCGUACCAGAUCCCCCUCUCUUUCUGGGAGCUGUCCCUGUACAGCCCAAAAAGGGACGCGGGCAAAGGCUGACAGUUCUACUUUGCAGACGUGCUGGCCUCGUUUAUAUGCCUAUCUAGGAAAAAAAAAAAAAAAAAAAAAACAGGUUCCUAUCUCCUAAGACACCGUACCAGUUUACCAGACCGAGACCUCGCUUGUACUUACAAGUGCCACUCGUUGCUUCCGUGGCAGGGAGCACGCUGGUAGGGCAUCGGCCACGCAGGGCGGGAGCUGCAGCGCUGGUACCGUGCCAAAGCGGGACCCACUCCCCCGGGACGGAGCCUUGCCGAAACCUGUGAUCUCUAGUGACUAGUAGAUCCAAAGUUGGAAGGGAGUAGAGCGUUUUGUAGUCGAGGCAUUAAACUUGCAACAUCUGCUAACAGAAUGACUGACUCCACUGUAAGUGGCUUUUUUUUUUGUUUGUUUUUGUAGGGCACUUCAGCUGUGGCCAUUCUACUCAGGAUCGGUGUAUUACUGUUAAAUGUGUCGUUUGGUCGAACACGUUCAAAAGUUGUUUCUGCAGAGCUCAUUCUGGCAUCCUUUUGGAAGUUUGGCCGUAGAAAUGAUUUUUCAGGAGUAAAGUGGAUUUCUGAAAGCUGUCAGUCAAAUUAUUUCAAGAUGCGAUUGGUCCUAAGCUAGAUUAGGUUCAUGUACAAAUUUUUGUCCUAUAAAAUGGUUAAUGUAAGAUACCAGAUAGUCAUCUUCUGUACAAAUUCCAGCUCUGAAUACUCGUUUUCUACUAGUCCUGAAGUUCACUCUGGUGAAAUUCCAAGCUCUGACUACAGUUCAAAAAGCUUGAGGCCUUUUUUUUUUUUUUUUACACUUCCUUCAUAUCUUGUCCUUUUUUGAUAUUUUCUCAGUUUUGUGAACUGAGGGUUUAGAACUUUACUCAAAGCACUUUUGUAACCAAGGAAUCAAAAGCUCAGAUUAUGUACCUUGAAACUAUCAAUUUGGUUUUCAGAGAUCAUUAUUUCUAAAUGGCCGUGUUGGUCCCUGCUCGCGCCAGGCGGAUUCUCUGUCCCUUCCAGUGCUCUGGAAUUCUUUGGCUGCUACUGGCAGAUUGAUUGGAUCCAGUGAAAAAAUCCGUAGGGAUGUCAAAGGGAAAGACCCCUGUCUUUCUUUUCUACCAAAAGGUGGUACUUUAGGUCAGUGUUGGGUAUUAGGAUAACAUUUUUGUUUCGACACAUGUUGAAAUAAAACUUCCCUUAGCCAAUUCGCUCAUUUUUUGUAAGCCUGAAAAAAAUAGUGGUUAGAGCUUGAGCUAAUUGAUGCUUUCUGCUAGUAGAUGAUUUUGUAUUUUUUCAGUUACGAAAGAGAUGCGUGUAGGAUCCUGAAUUUUACCUCCCUAGCAGAAUCUCAAGAAUCCCAAUCUCUAUAACACUAAAACAAAAAUAUUUGUCCCUGAGUAGGCGAAGGUGCAUAUGGAAGGGAAGGAAUUGCAGGAGGGAGGCUUGCGAGGGAGAAUGUUGAAGCCUCACUUAUAGAGGAACGAGGAUGGUGAUGGAGAGACUCCAUCCGCUCUGCAUCCCACGUGCCCUGGUCUUUUCAAAUUUUGUCUGAGGAGCCCCUCAGCUAACACGGGUAGUUAACAAAGGGUCCUUUUAAAACAAAAUGGUUCCACUGUUUAAAACUUGGAGUGAUUUUUAUUUUUUUUAAGCAAGACAGUCCUCAGAAAGUGCCUUUUUAGAAGAUGGUGCUGUAGAUUUUUAUUUUCCAGUUGUACGUGGCUGAAAAUUUAAGAUAAAUAAUUGAAAAUGCCAAGUGUUUGACGGUAUCUUUCAGGUACUUUCAAGCAUCAGUUUCUCUGAGUCAGGACCAAGAAUAACCUGGAAGGUGUUUUCAUUUGGAGGGAAAGGCAUUGAGGAGCGAUCACCAAAUUCAGCUGGUAGGCUAGAAUCAGUUUUGAUACUUAGUCAAUGCAAUUUGCCCCUUCACAUUGAGGGGGCACGUGGCUGGGGGGAGGCUGUAGGAGAAGCAGCAGCAUGGGGACGCUUUGGGCGUGAAAUGGCAUCCGUACCUUGUGAAGGACGUUGUCUCCUAGAUGUAGCAAGCACCCAAAGAUGAAGCAGGCAAGCUGAAAGCUAUCUAAAGACUUACGAGAUGGUCAGUCCUACUGUGAGCAGACGUCACGCAGCUUGUGUUUGUAAAGGAGUGAUUUGCAUAUAUUAUUGGGACUUCUAAUUCCUAACUGUGAGUUUUGGUGUAACAGCCUGGUGGGGUGGGUGGUGCUGCCCUGGUCAGACGGUUGAAGAUGCUGUGGGUCCAUAGUGAGUUUGGUGAGCAUUCCUCCAGUCAGGAAAAGCUGUAGACUAGACUAUUAAACACUGCACCUCAGUAACCUUGUAAUGCUGCAUAAAGUAAUAAUAAUAGCAAAGUUCUGCUUUGAUUACACUGUAAUGUGCUUGCACAUGCCUGCAAAAAAUACACACAACUUCAUUUUUGUAAUGGUCUUAGUAGCAGUUUUCAGACUUUUUCUUUUAUGAUGAACCUUGUCCUUUAUUGUGGUGUUUCUGUAUAUUUAUUGGUAAUCUGUGUGCAGCUCAUAGGUCUGUGUGUCUGGUCUGUAUGUUGCCUUUAACACUUUUAGGUGGGAGAAGUUUCUGAAUGUUUUUUUUCUUCUCUGAAGUCAGCUUAACUCUUAAGUCAUGUUUGAGAAGAUACUGAAUAAAACAACUUGAUAGACAGCCUCAUUUAAUUGGUACCUUGUUUUUUGAAUUGAAAGCUAAAAUGAGUUUGUGUUCAUUUUUAUUACUGUUCAUACAGUAUUGGGCAUUUAAGAUGUAGAAUAAUUUGAUGUCAGGAUAUUUCUGAGUAUCAGGAGCUUAAGCAUAAAAUUUCCACUUUAAUUGCAAGUGGUAUCGUUGCAGGAGUAUGUUUGUGUCCAGGCUUUUCCUAGGAACAAGCAGAGCUUUUUAACAUUUGUCAACUAGGACGCAAUCAGUGAAAUAGUUUGGGUGUACAAUUCAAGAGUGGGGACAGUGACCCUUGUCUGGAGUUGCUGACACCCCUGCGUUUGAAGGGACUCUGUCAGAUUAGCUGGCAAAAUAACACUGUUGCUUAUGCUACCCACAGAGGCCACGAAACAAAUACCUAACUUUUAGCUGUGUAGAUUUCUUCUGAUUGAAGUUAGAGAAAGGAACUGAUGUUUCUCGUAGCUGAACAACUUUCUUGUUUUAGUACAGUGCCCAAUGCUACUCUCUUGGUAUUUAAGCUUGCAAUGAUUUUAAAUUUUAUGUUCCCAAUUUCUUAAUGUUAUUAGGCUAGGAUUUAGAAAGCAUUUUUUAGUCUAAAUUCUGAGCCAAAAUCGUCUUCUAUCUUUUUUAGUAGUAGCUGUUUUUAUCUUUUAGACUAAAAAGGGCCAAAAAAUCUUGUACCAUCAGCUUGUUUGCAGCAAUACUCUCCAUCUCUUUCCUUGCCUAUGAACCAGUUUCUUUUCUAUCUGUAUUUAGAUUUACUGAAGCUGUUGAGAUUUAUAAAUUCCUGCCUUCUCUUUCUAUACAUUGCAAAUGUGAUCAAAAGAAAUGAAAUGGAUAGACUUGCAUCUGACGAUGCUGGUUUCUGUCAGGCACAGAUCUCUUCCAAGAAGUCUUGCCUUGCUGAUGAACUGUAGCACAUAUGGGUUUAAUUACAAUAGAAAUGGUCUGUGUAUUUCUUUUGCAUUCAUUGGAGGGUGCAUGAUGCUUUAACGUAUCCAAUUUAAAUACAAGCUAAUAAAUUGCUGAAGAUGUAGACACGUGAGUAUAAUAUUUCAAGUGAAGAAAGAAAAAUCAUCAUUUUUCCCGGCAAAGUUUGAGAUUUUCUGUAAUUGAUACUACUCAUAGUAAAUUGUGCUGUGCUGGGAUUAAUCCUAAAAUUGAACUGACUCAGCUGUGUGUUUUAUGAAGAGGAGAAGAAAUGGUGGUGGUGACUAUGCUAUCAAACCAAUAGCUGAAAGCUCUGAAAAUGCAAGGGGGAAACUUGUCUUCCUCCCCAAAGAGCUGAAUAUACUGAAAAAAUCUUAUGCUGCUAGAGCCUUGUGAACCUGUAUCUUUGUAUCCGCAGUUUACUCAAGUCCCCACAAGUGACUACUUCAAAAAAAACUAAUACAAGAGGAGGGAAGCUUUUUUCCUGCAUUUUUUAAGCAAGAGUGCCUGUUCACCUCCAAAAAGGAACGCACUGAGAAGCCGGUGGCAGUGCCUGUAACAGCUGCGUAGUUAAAUCAGAUUAUCUGUGCUCUGGAUCUAAAUCUUGAAGCUACCUUACUUGGUUCAAAACAGAUAAAAAAUCCAGUAGAUCGGUGCUACUUGAAACAACGGAGCCAAGGGGUUUUGCGAGCAAUAUCUAACCCCUCCAUUAAACGCAGAUACUCUGAUAGAUUUCUGGUUAUUAUCUUCAGGCAGUUGACGCUGACAUGUGCCUGGCUACCGAGAAAAGCAGCAGGCAGUUGUGGAGUGAAUGUUGCUGUAGCACUGCAGUUGCUCUGCUCUUCCUCAGCUCUUAACCUACCUCCCCGCUUCCCUCGCGCAGGAUCACUGCUGUCUGUGUAGAAUUAGCGAUGUUGAGGACGUUUUAGCUGCGUGCAAGGCGAUCAGCUCUGCCUGGAUGAGAGGCAUGGUGGCGAUGAAAGCAACUGCCUGUAGGGAUAAAGGCUUCGGUAGAGGUUGGGUGGGUGUUAAUUGAGCUAUGGUCAGCCCGAGCCCUUCAGGGAAGCUGAUGGGAGCCUGAAAUGGUAACUUCGGUGUCCCGGACUGUUUGUGUCAGACUUGAACUCAUUGAGAGCAAGCAUGUGCCUUUUUCUGAUCAAGGACAGAAGCUAGAAAAACUUGCAUUCGCAUUGAUAACGUGGUUAAUAUUUUUCUUGAACCGGUCUUAAACGCGAAGUCCUUGGUCAGAAUGGAGUUUGUUUUGGGUUGCAUUAAUCAAAGUGAGCCCUGAAUUAGAACUACCCAGAGAGGAGGAGCUUUUAAAAUUAGUGGUUUCUGGAGAGUAAUGUCAUCAAAUAAACGUACUUCCUGGUAGACUUGCAAUUUUUUAAAUGAACCUUAACUUUGAUAUGUUUCUCUGUUGAGAAUCAUUAAUUCUGCCUUUGUUUGAAUGUUACCUGUCCUGUAAUGUCUUCACUCUUCGCUGUGCUCCUGCAGCUUUCUGUACACUCCUUUGCUCCUUUCCCCCGCCCCAUCUGGUGACUGUAAGGACCUGAGGAAUGUUGUCUGGUGAAUGUAGGGGAGCAGUGCAGAAGUCUGGUGAAGUGGGAACAUGGUGGCGAGGAUUAAACAUCACGGAUGAUAAUUCUUGAAGAACCAUCUUGCCAGCAGCUGAGGGUAGUGAUGUCUCUGCACAGAGCUGUGUGGUGUCUUGGGUAUGGAAAGGUUUAGCAAAGUGGCGUGAGAGGGAGAAAAGAGCCUCUCCUUUUACAUCAGGGUACUAAAGGCAAGGCUCUUGUAUGCUGGGUGCUGCACAAAAGAAGGCACCUGUGUCCUUAGGGGCUAGUUCAGGCUUAAAGCUGCUGUGAAAGUGGAUUUUGAGAGAAAAAUGGAAGAGCUUUUAGAUAGGUUAUAUUUUAUGCAGCUUUAAGGUACUGGUGAGUUAUCUAGCCAGGAACUCUGCAAUCGAUGCUGGCUCUGAAACGGGUUCCCUCUCUGACUUCAGGUAAGUGCUUUUGCCUCUGGUUUUUGCCCUAUCUAAGAAAUGGAUGAGAUGACUCCCAUCGCCUUACGAGAGCUAGCUAUAAGUGUUCUGAGGAUGAAUCAUGUUGUGGAAGUGCUAAAUUCUUGAUACACAUCUGUGUACCUUCUUACAAGUUUGCUUCUUCACUUAAUACAGUUCUGUUUGAAAUCUGUCUGUCUCUGACAUGAGCCUGUGCUCUUUGCUUAUAUCUCAUCACAGCAAUGCCCAAGGAAGGCAUUUGGGAUUGGUCUCAUAAUGUUUACCUGCUGCUUUCUUUUAAGAUGAUCUUCUGUUUCCAUUUGUUGCCAAAUAGACUCAGAUGGCAAGUUUAUUUAAAUUAAAGGUUUAUUUUCCAUUGCUGAGGAUCUCAUAGGUCUUUCAUACACAUCUGGUAGUUGAAAAAUAACUACCGUAAUACUAUCUAGCAACACAGAAAAAUAUGAUUAUGUUGAAUUUAGGGCUAUGCUAGCCCAUAAAUCGUAGGUCCACAACCAAUUUAAAUACAGAUGUGCAAAAAUUAGAUAUUAAGAUACUUACUAAUAAUUUUUCAUAAUGCUUACACUUGCAAAUCUCUUAAAUACAUUCAAAACCAGUUUCUUUGAUAUAAAAUUGAUGUUUUGCAGGUUAAUGCUUGCUCAGACAUACGAGCGAAGUAAUACCCACUGGGGCAGUACUAAAUUUAAACUUUUGAAGUUUUUGAACCUGAUGGUGUGCAAGCAAAGUAGAAACUUGAGUAAUGCUCCUUAAGUGGAGAGGAGAAUUGAGUGCUGGAAAAAUCUCAGUGUGAGGAAGACUGCUGGAGAUGAAGUUUGUCUUCUGACUUCUGGCAGCUCUGCAGUCGUGAAUGGCUUCUUUAGGGUAAUCGGUUUUGUACAUCACUUUCCUCCUGUGGCUAUAGUUUUCAGUUUUCUUUGGACUUGAUUUCUAUUCUUCAGCAAAAUGUUCUCAUUCUGCAGUUUUCAGUGUUGAAUCUAGCCUUGAGAAAACUUAAUGGUGUUUUUCUGUAGAUAAACCUGCUUCUAGAGAGUUGCGUUUUCUGUCUGUUUUGCAGACAACUGUGAAACGCCAGCCUCAGCACAGCAAUAGAGUUGACAGAACAAGUUCUUAGUCCGAGAUGAUUUUACAGGCUUGUUGCCCAGCCUCUGCUGCCAUGAUCAGUGACACCAGUAUAUAGACCCUGUGUUCUGCAGGUCAGGCAACGAACUUUGUGCUCACACAGGGUAUAGAUCUCCUCCUGGCUGUUGUAUUCUUGUCUCUUCCUGUGGUGUAAGCAGUUAAGCUUCCCCAGGUAGCCUCUUGGUGGAUAAAUGGUAUUGUUGCUUGUUGGGGGGUGGGGGGAGCGAGGCUGUUUGAAUGGCCUAAAGGCAUUUGAUCAUAGAUAAGAACAUUGUCUAUCAAGAGGUAUUACUAUAAAGCUUUCACUGUAAUUGGUAGCAUUCAGUUAUGAGCCAGUAUGGGUAUUAAAAUAUCUUCAGGAGAUGCUGGCUCAGGUGGCAUAGUGCGUGCCAUAAACAUUGCUAGUGAUCAAUCUGUAUUUGUGUAGGAGACUUCUGGAAGCAAUGUUGUGCAUAUAAAUUUUGCGUAUUUAAUAACAUGUUUAAAUGAAAAAAAAUAAAUUGUGCUGUUUGGGAUUCCUUUUCAGAAUAAAAUUCUAAUAAAGCAGUCCGGUGGAUUGAGAUUCCCUUCUAUGUGUAUGUCUUGCUCUUUCUCCUGUGCUGGUAACUGCUCCCCUCUCGUUAUGGUGUUACCAUUGCUUAAGCAGGAAGCCCAAUGUGUUCCCACCAUGAAGGUACUGGGGCUUGUCAAAGCAAAAGGGAAUUGUUUCAAGAAUAAAGUAGAGCUGUGGCUUGAGACAUUGCACAAAUCGAUUGUAGACGGAUAGCAAACAAACUGGUAAAAGCCUUUAUUUUUACUUAACCAUCUUGACCAUGUGUGCCUAUUUGUAUUGCGGAUGUGGGCUGCAGCCAUGCGGGGUGGGAGGGAAACCAUGCGUCGGUGUGUUUUGAGGUGUACUCGCUAAGCAGAAGGGGUGUCCUCUGCCCGUUCUCCCUUUCCAGAGAAAUUGUUCUUGCCAAAAUUUUCUACCUGUUGCAAGAGUUGCUUUCUUUCCAGCACAGUAAAAUGUCAACUUUCACUGUCCCUCCCCUCUGGUAGGCAUCUGUAACCUCUGUACGACUGUGUAUAGUACACACAACAGUCAUCAGAUCUCUGCUGGCUUUAGAUACCAUCAAGUUGGGUGUAUUGUAAACCAACCGUAUUCAUUUGAAAAAAAAAUAAAUUUUUUUGGAA